AUGGCACAUUUUGGAGAGAUUCUGAAGAGCACUGGAGAGUUUGGAUUGUUUCAGAAGAUCACUCUUCUGGCUCUCUGCAUCCCAAAUAUCAUUCUGCCUUUUAACUUUGCCAGUGUGUUUUUCAUCCAGUCCGAUCCAGAGCGACACUGUGACACGGACUGGAUCCUUCGGGCGGACUCCAACCUGACCUCAGGUGAGCAGCUGAACCUGACUCUGCCCCGCGAGGAGGACGGGGCCUUCAGCCGGUGUCGGAUGUUCGUCCCGGUGGAUUGGGACAUCGGCGCCAUCAGGGAGUACGGACUCAAUGAGACCACAGGGUGCCGGGACGGAUGGGUGUACUACGACACGCUGUACGACGCCACCAUAGUCACUGACUAUGAUCUAGUUUGUGAGCAGGCUAAUUUGUUGGAAGUGGCCCAGGCGGUGCUGAUGGCUGGCAUUCUCUUUGGUUGUCUCUUAUUUGGACCUUUUGCUGAAUCGUUCGGUCGUAAACGGGCAGCUCAGAUUUCCGUCAUUUUGCUGGCGAUAUUUUCUCUCACAUCUGGAUUAAGUCCCAAUUUCUAUUUCUAUUUGGUAUCCCAGUUCAUGGCGGGAAUUGGCCAAGGAGGUUUCCGACUGAACGCUGUCAUAUUGGCCACUGAGUGGAUCGGGCCUUCCAAAAGAUCGUGGGGAGCUUGUGUGGCUCAGCUGUUCGGUGCCGGUGGCAACGCCAUCCUGGCUGGCGUGAUCUACUUCAUCAGAGACUGGAGGCUGGCUCAGAUGAUCACAGCAGCUCAACUUGCAGUUGUUGCUAUUUACAUAUGGUUUAUUCCAGAGUCAGCCAGGUGGCUGUUGGACAGAGGGAGGACAGAGGAGGCUAAACAGCUGAUCAUCAAAGUGGCCGCCAUCAACAAACGCACUGUUCCAGACUCUCUGCUGGAAAAGAUUGUUAAGAAAGAAACUGAGAACAAGGAAGGCAUAGUAACACUUAUCCAAUCCUCUGUGCUUAGGAAGUAUUUCUUUACCUUAAUAUUGGCAUGGUUCUCAUCGAAUCUCACCUACUACUGCCUUUCUUUCAAUGUGGGGAAUCUCGGCUUGGACAUCUUCCUGACGCAGCUCAUGUUCGGUCUGACUGAACUACCAGCUCACGUACUUUGCAUCUGGCUGCUGGAGGCAGUGGGCAGAAAAGUGUCUCUGAUAGCCACUCUCCUGAUUGGAGGAUUCUUGUGUGUCCUAAUCCUCGCUGUUCCCCAAGGUGACGCUGUUGCUGUGACCACCUUAGCAAUCUCAGGACGCUUUUUCAUAAACUGGGCCGGAUCCAUAUGCAACGUGUAUGCUCAGGAGCUGUUCCCCACGUCUUUUCGACAAACGGCCUCUGGUUUGGGCUCCAUAGCCAGCAGAGCUGGCGGCUUGCUGGCCCCGUUGCUCAACAUCUUGGCCGUGUACCACUGGUCCAUACCCACCAUCGUCUUCAGCAGCCUCACGCUGACUAGCGGGGCUCUCAGCUUCCUGCUCCCCGAGACCAGGAGGAAAGAGCUUCCUGAUUCAACCCGUGAGGCCGAGGGCAACAGAAAAAAGAACUCCCUGAAGAACCACAGUGAAUCAGACACGCCUGCACAAAGGGAGCUAACUCAGCUCAACAUGGCAGAUUUUGGAGAGAUCCUGAGGAACAUUGGAGAAUUUGGGUUAUUCCAGCAGGUCACUCUGAUUGCACUUUGCUUCAUCAAAUUAAUUCAGCCUUUUGUUUUUGCAAGUUUCCUUUUCAUCCAGUCCGAUCCAGAGCGACACUGUGACACAGACUGGAUCCUUCGGGCGGACUCCAACCUGACCUCAGGUGAGCAGCUGAACCUGACUCUGCCCCGCGAGGAGGACGGGGCCUUCAGCCGGUGUCGGAUGUUUGUCCCGGUGGAUUGGGACAUCGGCGCCAUCAGGGAGUACGGACUCAACGAGACCACAGGGUGCCGGGAUGGAUGGGUGUACUACAACACGCUGUACGAUACCACCAUAGUCACUGAUUUUGAUCUAGUUUGUGACCAGGCUAACAUGGUGGAAGUGGCACAAGCAGUGUUCAUGGCCGGUAUUCUCGUUGGUUCUAUCAUAUUUGGACCUUUGGCUGAAUCGUUUGGUCGCAAACGAGCAGUUCAAAUUACAACAGUUUUCUUGUUCUCGUUUACCGUGACAACAGCACUAUGCCCCAAUGUCUACUUAUACUUAGCAUCCAUGUUCAUGGUAGGAAUUGGAGGUGGAGGCUAUCGAAUCAACUCCAUUAUAUUAGCCACUGAGUGGAUCGGGCCUUCCAAACGGUCGUGGGGAGCUUGUGUGUCUCAGCUGUUUGCGGCAGUGGGACAGUGCGUCCUCGCUGGUCUGAUCUACUUCAUCAGAGACUGGAGGCUGGCUCAGCUCAUCACAGCAGCUCCAAUUGCAGUGGCUGUUAUCUACAUAUGGUUCAUUCCAGAGUCAGCCAGAUGGCUGCUGAGCAGAGGAAGGACAGAAGAGGCCAAGCAGCUGAUUGUCAAGGCAGCCGCCAUCAACAAACGCACUGUUCCAGACUCUCUUCUAAACAAUAUUGCUGUGAAAGAUGUUGGGAACAAACCAGGAAUUAGAGUUAUUUUCAGAUCACCUGUACUGACCAAAUAUUUAUUCAUCAUAACAUUUUCAUGGUUUUCACUGAGCCUUGCCAUCUUCUGUGUGUACUUCAAUAUUGGAAACUUUGGCUUAAGUAUCUUUUUGACACAGCUGUUGUUUGGUGUUGUUGAAAUACCAGCUCAUAUACUGUGUAUGUGGCUGCUGGAGGUUUUUGGCAGAAAAAUAUUAUUUGUAGCAGCACUUCUGUCUGGAGGACUCUCUUGCAUACUUAUCCUGGCUGUUCCUCAAGGAAGUGACAUUGCUCUUACGUCCUUAGUCGUUGCAGCACGCUUCUUCCUGCUCUCGAGUAGUUCCAUAUGUAAUGUUUAUAUUCAGGAGUUGUUUCCAACAUCUGUUAGACAAACAGCCACAGCUUUAGGAGCCAUAUCAGGAAGAGUCGGUGGAUUACUGGCACCGCUGCUUAACAUCUUGGCUGUGUACCACUGGGCCAUACCCACCAUAGUCUUCAGCAGCUUAACACUGGUCAGUGGAGCCCUCUGCCUCCUGCUUCCUGAGACCAAGAGCAAAGACCUUCCAGAGUCAGCCGACGGGGCCGAGGAUAACAGAGACGGGACCUGCACAAACAAAAUCAGAUGUUCAAAUUCGGAAUCAACCAAGCUGUAGACAUGUUUAAAAUCUAUAAAGUAUUUACUUCAAGUCAUCACAAAACAGAAAAGUAGCUGUAGAAGUUAUAGUGUUGCACGCACAAAGGUCCCUUGCCUUCAGCUUGUUUUCACUACUUUAUUUGUCCAUAGACGAGUUGUAAUGAUGCCGUUAAUGAUGACCUACAUUGUUGUGAGUUAUUUUAACACUUCAUACGUAUACAUGAUACCAAUCAUGUGUUCAUAAUUUAAGCAUUAAGAAUGCCUCUAUGUAUGUGAAUAAUGUCUCUAAAAAUAAAGCAAACUGCCUUUACAAGGUGAAUAUACAGAA